AUGCUCGGGGGACGCCCCACCGACACGGCCGCGCUGCGCCAGCCCGCCGUGCCCUCGCGGCCCCCGUGGCGCGGCCGGAGAGCGGCCUACUCCUUGGCCGGGCUCGCCGCGGGCGCCCUGGGCGCCGGCUGGGCCUGCGCUGAGAGAGGGCGAAGGAGGUAUCGGAUCAUCGUGACGCCUGUAGAUUCCAAAGUAUUGGUGGAGUGCGGGCAGUACGAGGAGAACGUCAGUUAUUGGACGAGGAGCCCAUCCAGCGUUGUGUUUCCAGUCCACAGCGCGGAGGCUUGUGAAGCCCAGUGCGUCGCCAAGCAAGACAUCCAGUCCUGCGGUGCGUGGACAUGGGGCAAGCAGCGCCACGUAUUCGGGCUGUCGGACGUGUGCCUCCUCCAGGCGCUUCCAGAGGCCGACGAGGUGAAGAGGCGCCAGAAAGACGGCGUUGUAUCAGGAGUGCUCUCCCAGCGCAACUGCACCAUCCGCGGCGUGCCCCCCCACGCCAACACGUCCACAGUCAGUACUUUGACGACUGGCACAUCGAUAACCACCACUCUCGGAGCUACGACCACUAGGACGCUCACGUCAACCGGGGCUUCGACACUGACGUCAGCAACGACAACGGUGGAGACAACGAUCACCACCACCGAACCCAUGGACGAUUCCUGCAGUCCUCCUCAGGAAGGGAUUGAUUACUUCACCAGUCAUGCGCUUCGCACCCUGUACCCCGUCAAGAGCACAGACGACUGUGCCAAGCAGUGCUUCCUCGAAAAGGAGUGCGGCGCGUGGACGUGGGGCAAGGCCAGAAACAUGACUGGCGCUACGGACGUGUGUUUCUUGAAGCGCUUGGAUCCGCCUGAACGCCCAGUUCUUCACAGGAAGAAAGGCAUGGUUUCUGGCGUCUCUUGCAAGAAGUGGCCGGACGGCAUCCCCCUUCGGCCAGACAACUCGGGCAUGUACUGCUACUCGCUCAUGAUGCCCGAGAGCUACGAGGUCGAGCUGAUAAAGAUGCAGUAUGCCAAGCACAUCAGCAUCUUCGACUGCGACGAGUGGGAGGUCUACAGCAACCAGAUCAUAGAGAUCGCCGACGGGGUCACCACCGGGCUUGUCGAUAGCGACCUCAAGUGUGGCAAGGGCGGUGAAUUCGGGACAGCCCUGAAUAAGGAGAUUUUCGAGGCCGUCUGGAACUCCGUAGUGCGGGACAAGCGCUUCCUGGAGCACCCGUGGACGGUGAAGGUCGAUCCGGACUGCGUGUUCUUCCCGGCCGAACUGCAGCUGGUGCUGCAGCGCUACCCGGAGGACCCCGAGGAAGGUCAGUACCUGAACAAUUGCCAGUUCGGCAUGCACGGACCUGUCGAGGUUUUCUCGAGAAACGCUGCGCGCGCGUGGCACAACGGAGUGCAGGAGUGCGAGGACUACUUCGACGAGCAGUGCUCCGGCGACUGCCUCUGGGGAGAG